UCCUUGCCAAUAGCUUCAAAAAGUCAGACACUCUCUUGCUUGAGCCUGCUCCUAAUUCUCUGGACUGUACUGCCUCUCCUGCUUAAUAAAUCUAUUUUCAAAUUUUUUAAAAAGGUAAGAACCACAAUUUUCGCCUUAAUUAGACAGUUUCUCAAGUAUCUUAGCUGUUCAGUGAUCUGGUUACAUUUAUCCCAAAAUACAGCUGAUAAAAAUACAGUCACGAGGAUAGAGGAGGCCAGAGCGGUGGUGGCCACUGCCGGGGAGGCCGAACUGAACUGCUCCUGCCUCAGCAUGUAGAUAGUUGAAUCAGAGCUGGAGGCGCUGGGUGCGCGGGAUGCGCUGCUGCGGCUGCUGCUGCCUCACAACCGUCUGAUGUCGCUGCCGCGGGCGCUGGGCAGCGGCUUCCGGCACCUUCAGCUGCUGGACGUGAGCGGCAACGCGCUGACGGCCCUCGGGCCAGAGCUGCUCGCGCUGCGCGGCCUGCGUACGCUGCUGGCCAGGAACAACCGGCUCGGCGGGCCCGGCGCGCUGCCCAAGGGCCUGGCCCAGUCGCCUCUCUGCCGCAGCCUCCAGGUGCUCAACUUGAGCGGCAACUGUUUCCAGGAGGUUCCUGCCUCGCUCCUGGAGCUGCGCGCGCUGCAGACCCUGAGCCUGGGCGGCAACCAGCUGCAGAGUAUCCCGGCGGAGAUCGAGAACUUGAGGAGUUUAGAGUGUUUAUAUCUUGGAGGAAACUUCAUCAAAGAAAUCCCACCAGAAUUAGCAAAUCUGCCUUCUCUGAAUUACUUGGUAUUAUGUGACAACAAAAUCCAGAGUGUGCCUCCACAGCUCUCACAGUUGCAUUCACUUCGUUCCCUCAGUCUUCACAAUAACUUGCUGACAUAUUUGCCUAGAGAGAUCCUCAACCUUAUUCAUUUGGAAGAGUUGAGUUUACGAGGAAAUCCAUUGGUUGUUCGUUUUGUUAGAGAUUUAAUCUAUGACCCUCCAACUCUCCUGGAAUUAGCUGCACGGACCAUUAAAACCCGAAAUAUUUCCUACACUCCCUAUGAUCUUCCUGGGAAUCUUCUUAGAUAUUUGAGUUUAGCCAGCAAUUGCCCAAACCCAAAGUGUGGAGGAGUGUACUUCGACUGCUGUGUCAGACAAAUUAAAUUUGUGGACUUCUGUGGGAAAUAUCGCCUCCCACUGAUGCACUACUUAUGCUCUCCAGAAUGCUCUUCUCCCUGCAGUUCUGCCUCUCACAGCUCUACAUCCCAGAGUGAAUCUGACUCAGAAGAUGAAGCUAGUGUUGCCGCACACAGAAUGCAGAAAGUUCUUCUUGGUUGAACAAGAGUUCAGGGUGAGAUAGACUAAAAAACUGAAUAAAAAUGGUUAGAAAAGAAAA